UAAAGUUAAGAAUGGCAAAGUUCGAGGAAGAAACAGAUGCCUUUAGUAGGCUUUAUAAAAAGACAGAAUUUGAUAACUUGCUUUUAAAACUUGGAGGAUGGUCACGAUUUCAACAAAUACAAUGGGUCCUCCUCUUCCUCGCCGCUGUUCCCCAAGCAUGGUACACUUACGCCCCAGCUUUCGCUGCCGCAAAGCCAAAAGAAGACCAGAUUUACUGCAUUGGAAAGCCGGAGAUAGAAGGGAAAUCAUUUUGCGCUGCGUGGCAAAACAAAACUUGCACAGAUGCUGGCUACAGGACGCCUUACAAUUCCAUUGUUACUGACGUAAGUGUUUUUGUUUACUUCAACCUGACCUUGAAAAAUUUGGGAUUCUAAGAGAAAAAGACGAGAGGGGUAACCGAUUUUGCAUGGCAGCUAGAAAAAUGUUACAAUGAGGAAAUGAUAAGGCACGCUGCCGUUAUGUAUCGCGUGAUUUCACCCCGUUAUGUAAGUUGAGUAGAUUAUCUAUCUGAUCACGUAAUUAGUUAUUAUUUUCCCAGAAGGAGUAUGUAUUCUUUCCUCCAAUGUUUUCUUAUUCAAAGAAGCUCAACUGCCUCAAUAGCUUUAAUUUGUAGCGUUCUCUUCACAGAAUUAGGUAGAAAUUAUGAAAAUCCCCAAUAGGGUGAAUUCCGUGCGUUCCUCUGUCUUACCCGCACUUUUUCGAAUCGUAACUUAGACAAACUUUCCACAUCGCCCUAAUGCUCUGUAAAUGCCUAAAGUUUCUGACUCAGAGUAAAACUCACGUCAUAUCAUAUCCAUUGUCUGCAUGUUUUUAAACAAACAAGCGAAUGAUUUCGUGCAAAUCUUUGCUUAAAAGUAAGAAUAUGCUGUAUGGCCAGAAGUUGUGCCCUUAUCUGAUUUGUUCAGAUUAUCUGUUGUCGUGAUAUUGGUGAACUAGUCUGCGUAGCUGGAGGUAAUGUGCAGUAGUCGAGUGAGAUUUGGCGGCAAAGCCUUCACGAGCGGCGUAAGCCGCGAGCGAGAAAUAGGUAUUUCAACGCGUCGUUCCCACGACUCCCACGACUCCGCCACCAGGUAUUUCAACGCGUCGUUCCCACGUCUCCGCCACCACAACUUUAAUCGCGCACCAAGACAAUACCGCCAGCUACGCAGGCUAUUGGUGAAUGGACGUGACAAAUAUGAAAGGUGAUAUUUGAUAAAUUCAAAUCUGGUUUCUAUGUCACUUUUAAAUAAAUGGAAAAAAUUACUCGCAAUAAAGUCGAUCGCACGGUAUAUAUGUUACCAGGAGAUUUUUAUACUUGAAGGGAAAUUUUUAGCCUUUGAAAACAGCCGUUUCUCCACGCUCUUCGCUAGGAAAUUUUUAACUAUUUUGUCCAAGAGUGUAGGUCGGCGAGUCCUCAAUGAACAUUUUUAAAGCCCCUAAACGCUUGAGUAACAGUCAAGAAAAUAUAGGAAAUGUAAGAAUGUAAGUAAGCAAGGACUACUAAAACUCUUCUCUUGUAGUAUUAUUUUUACUCAUCACUAACGCAGGAAAUUUACAGAGAACCAUGAGUAGAAUUGCAGGUACAUCAGUUAUGCUUUUUAUGUUCCUUUUAGUGGGAUAUUUUGUGCGACGACGCAAAGAAAUACGUGCCACUCACGAAGACCAUAUUCUACGCGGGCAAACUGUUCGGUGCGUACUUUUUCGGCUGGGUAUCCGACAGAUAUGGGCGCCGAAUGACCUUACUUAUCACUAUGCUUGUGCAGUUCAUUGCAUCCUUGAUAGAAAGCUUCUCUGUCAACUUCACCAUGUAUGUUGUGCUUAGGGUCCCUCUUGGAAUAUGCAGUGGAGGUAAGAUCACAUUCUUACAUGUAUCAUUGUAUAGAUGAUGUGAGUGUCCAUUGGGGUUGUGACAAUAUAACAUAACCUAGGGGAGGUUUUGUAUCCAGCGGUUUUAGUGAAAACGAGGGUUUGUGGUAGUUGCUUAGUCUCGCGGGCUCACAAAACCUCCUUAGGUAGAUCUCAUUUUGUAUUUGCCGUCCCUUGGAGCCUCUCGCGCUGGAUUCCCGUCCUCUGGAUUUCGUGACUCAGGAUCAGUGGCUGCAAACAAUGUGCACUUCCGUUCAGGGCGAGACUCGUUCCCAGUCCCUUCCCUUUUUAUUCUUAGAGCGAGUGGCGGUCACAGCGUUUUGGGCAUCCCCGCGUUUUGGGCAUCCCCAUUCCCAAAUCCCUAGCGUUUUGGGCAUCCCCUUCUCAUAUUACUGCAGCGUUUUGGGCAUCCCCCGGUACCCUCCCGGGAUGCCCAAAUCCCUAGUGUUUUGGUCAUCCCCUCCAAAAAAAUGCUGGAUUUCGCGGGAAAAUCGAAAACGUUUUAGAGAUGGCUUCCGCUAAAUAUAGAAAUCUUUUCCAGUGUCUUAAAAAGAAGGCUUAUCAGGAAGGCUUUACAAAGCAAAAAAAACGACUCUGCGAAAAUUUGCCAAAAAGUUCUAGUAUGACUCAAAAUUAGAGUCCUUGUUCUAGGUGGCCAAGGAGAAGGAUGGCACAGCGCUUCGACGACUUGUUAUCACCGAGUAAGAGAAAGGGAGGGUCUUCGAAGAGUGCCACUCUGCUCCUUUCUCUGGACACGCCGUCCGCGAUAAUACUUUUGCACCCUGUGAAGGUUGUUCCCAAGGUGUGGUACUUGGUCGGAAUUGAUUUAAUAGAAGCCCCUACUACAUCUCAAAACGGCAACAGAUUCCUUCAGUCCCGUAGGUGUAAGAGGCCUCUGUAUAAAUUGUGUGACAACCUUUCGUGUGUCAAGUAGCGCUGCAGGGUUAAGUUGUACAGGCCUCAAAUGUCAUGCAUACUAUCAAUUCAACACCGCAAAACUCAGUUUUAUUCAUGUUUGUCUUUUGAUUCCUUUGUUUAGUAUUCUUGUUUUUGGCUGUUUGGAAUCAGACGAUCGCAGCUGCCGGCGAUUGCGGCAUAGCUCGCUUGUAAACAGUUCUAUUAAAUAAAAUUGAAGCUUUGCAAACAAUGAAGCGUUGGAGAGCGAAGCGAUGUUAUGCGGUUGUAAAUUUCAGUUUCGUCAUGUUUUGAGCCAACGUUUACUGCCUAUGGGGUUUUUUUCUGCACAAGAAACCCGGCGAAAAGUGUCAGACGAUAUAAUUCUAACAUGCAUCUACUCUAUUCAGCCGUAAAUUCGUGAUUAACAUCCCCGACUUUUCCCCAGUCUGAAAUAAUUUAGGCAAAGUCGAAGCGAUCAGCGUUUUGGGCAUCCCCCACCGGGGAUGCCCAAAACGCUAGGGAUUUGGGAAUGGGGAUGCCCAAAACGCGGGGAUGCCCAAAACGCUGUGACACCGCGGGAACGUUGGGAAGGCGGAGAGAGCAGACAAACUUUCCUUGGAAUGCAUUCUUUUUCUCCCAGGAAAGGCUGGUAACGAGUCCGGGGUAAGGUAAAAAGGACUGGUCCUAUUUGUGGGGACUUCUUACCGCAGAACGCAGAGUCAGCCAUGGUGAAAUACUGGUUGUAGGCCCCUUGAAGGAAAGAAGCGAAAUAAAACUAAUCAAGACGCGCGUGUACACGCACAAAGGAAAUUUUGCGUCUGCACUCAGUUCAUCCAGCACAAAGAUUUUCCCUUCAGGGACACGCUAUCUUUCUAUCAAGGUAUUAACCAAAUCCCUGUACCACUGUAUUGAAUUCCCUCUUUCAGGGUGCCUGAUUGCUGGUUUCCUACUCAUGACCGAGAUGGCGACUCCUAAAUGGCGGCGCUGGGCUAACUGUUUAUCGCAGGUUGCCUACGGUGUUGGGAUUGCUGUGCAAGCCUUGAUUGCGUUCUUCAUCAGAGACUGGAAACCCUUCAGUUUAGUGAUCACUCUACUUAACUUGCCGUUCAUUGCUUACUACUGGUAAGGGAAGACCCUCAUACUCUCUUGUUCAUGUUUAUAUUCUCCAUUCCCCCACCCCACCCCCUUAGCCAAACAAACCUGGAUCUCAAACCCCGUUCUAAAACGGCGUCAGUUUUCGAAUGUCUAAACGGCAACUUCGUUUUAUGGGUGUUAUCUUGGAGAGAGAACGAGAGUCAAUGUGAAUCGGAGGCCUAUUAUUAAAUGUACACGAACACGAUCUAAAAAUUAACCGUCUGCACAAAUGACUAUUUUUUUAGUUCAUAAUAUCACCGUUUCUAAAAUUUAACGCACUAGAGUGCAUUGCAAAGUCAGAGGAAACGCAACUAUAGAGCUCGAAUCUACAAAACUAGACAGCGUACGUUUUUCGGCCAUAAGCCUUAGGUUAAUUAUUUAAGGCAAGAGAGUACAAAGGAGCCCUUUCAACGACAUUAUUUUCGCUUGAUUACCAUAGGUUUAUUCCGGAGUCACCUCGCUGGCUUUCAGCUAGAGGAAGAGUGGAAGAGGCCGAAGCGAUCUUACGUAAAAUGGCAAAAACAAAUGGUACGGAGUACCCAGAAGGAGCUGUACAAGGGAUGCAGACAGAAGGAAAACCCGAGGAAAGAAAAAAGACUUAUCACCUGUGGCACCUGUUUAGCAAUCGAUACUUGAUAAGAAUCACUCUUAUCGAGGCCUGGUCUUGGUAAGUUGAAAAGGGAUCCUGUCUACACUAGUAAUGAGACAGUAAAGAGAUAGGUUUCUAUAUGAUAUCAGUCUAGACACACCGCAUCUCUUAACUAGAAUCUUAACCAGAAACCGGCUAGCCCGCAGAUCCAAAGCGUACAAACGUCUGAGGGGUUUUCUUUUCAAGUUUUCUCAACAAGUGCUCUUGUGCAAGCAAAACAUAAUAGUUGGUCCUUUGAGGCUCGCAAACGCCAAAUUGCACAUAGCUACUAAAACAGACUAAAUGAACCAUGGCAGUUGCGGCUGAGCAGGAAAUACUGUCUCGUUGUAUCUUUCUUUUAUUUACAGGUGCGUGACCAGCAUGGUGUAUUACGGGCUCGGUUUCAACUCGGGCAAUUUGGCGGGAAAUUUUUACUUGAACUUUGCUGCAUCUGGAUUGGUGGAAAUUCCUGCGUACCUGCUGGCCACAUAUCUCGUAGAGAAGUAAGAAAAAUCUCUUAGUGGUAUUCUCUUUUUGAUAGUAUAGUCUGUAAGGUGGGUGUAGGGUUUAAUGGUUCUCGAUAAUGUGACGUCACAUUUUUCCACCGUGUUCGAACAGAUCACGUCAGUCAGUCUCCUAUCCAGUUGUUCUAUUAUCCAUGAUUUGUACGUAGGGGUCGACACAGAUGUGGCAGAAUAGCAGGGCAGUGCAGCGCGAGGACCCGCGCGCGCAUCUCUGUUGCGCGUCUCUUUUAACGCUUAAAAGUCUCCUGUGGAUUAAAAAUAUAGGUGAAGACUGGGAAGGGGCCAGGAUCCAUCUGUCAACACGAUCAUAUCAGAAUUAUAAAACACAAACAGUGGUGAUAACAUUGUGAGCUUUCGCAUUUUUAUAUACAACUAUUUCGAGAAAGGUUGUCAGAAAAACUGUGCACGCGACAAUCCCAAAGGGUAAUAUGGGGUACGAUCAAUACACUGUUCCUGACAUUGUAGCUGCUCAAUGUCAAGGCUGGUUUUCACAGGCGACGGAGUAGCAAGAGCACUCGAAAAUGAAAAAUCGGAGUCCUGAGUGGAGUUAUAAUCGCAAGAAUCAAUACGUUUCCAGUCGGACACCGCUUGUAACUCCGUCGCUUACGACCUCGUGAAAACGAGAGAGUGAAAAUUACAUUGUCAUAAGCAUUGUCAUAGAAACAGCCGCGGAAGAAUAUACCAAUGAAAAUGCUCAUACCCUCAUCAUGUGAAGGGUUUAUUUAUUUAUUUAUUUUUUCGCUUCUUUCCGAUCCGAUUAGCCAGAUCGUAAACGACGAAGACGUAAAUGGGAUCCGAUCCGUCGAUUAGAUCAUAGCGUUCUAGAUGUGUUGUGGUCGUCUUUUGUACAGGGUCUUACUAUCGCUUACAAAAAACUAAGGUUUCACUCGUCCUCCUCACUACAAUUUAGUUGUCUUUUUUCUCAUAUCGCCCUGUUUAAUUUUUUUCUGACAGAGUGAACCGCCGUUUUCCUUUGGUGGCUUAUUAUAUUAUUGGAGGAGUGGCUUUGAUAUGUGUUUUCUUCAUACAACUAUCAGGUAGAAUGCUCAAGUAACUGCAGUCACUCUAGUCAGACCGUAUUCGCCAUGCUUAUAAUCUUUUCCGUGGGAAAGAAAAUGUCAGUUAAAUACGUGGAAACAAUCUAAACACAGUCCAACCUGUACCUUCGAAUAUAAAUUCUGCAUAACUGCCAUAGCCACCGAGCAUGCUCUUCAUUUGGGGGACAUUACGAGAAGUCAUGCGCGAGUAGCGCGUGAAAGGAAACGCGAGAGCGAUGGGCGGGGGUUUGCCGCUUGCUCAUGCGUUCUCCCCCGGCUCGUUUUGCUGGCCUAUCGGAUUGGAGAGCUUGCUUGCAGGGUAUCACGGCCAUUUAGAAGCGAAAGAUGUAGAAACAAUUUUCUAAUCUUCUUUCCAUUGCCCCAAAAUAUGAUGUCGCAUUACUCCUCUUACCCACCUAGCCCACCGAUAAGGGGCAAACCAACCCUCGGUAUGUAUGCGAGAAGGAAAAGUGAUGUUGUAGCGUAGUUUUUUUUUUUAUAACAAAGAGAGAAAUGUCAUUUCGCUAUUACCCUUAAAAAUUAAUGAAUAAAACCGACAAUAUACAAAAUUGCCCUUGUAGUACUUAUGUUGCACCAACCAGAUGAUUGAGAAAUGCACCGGAAUAAAUUCACGAUCUUUUUCCUCAGGAAAGCAAGAUGAUCAUAAAGCUCUCAUCAUCGCACUGGCCUUGAUUGGAAAGUUUACUAUCUCUGCUGCUUAUUACCAGAUUUAUAUACACACCGCGGAACUGUACCCAACAGUCAUAAGGUAAUAACACAACAUGGAGUGGAACACACUAGCCUGUUUACAAUCCCCUGUUUUUCCUUAAGAUCGUUGAGAUCGAGGGCUUACUGUAACGGGCGGCCUUAAUUUGAAGGAAUCAUUUUGAAAGAAUUUCUAGUCAACUUAACAUGGCUUUUUGCGUUUUUCCUACCCUGUUUGAAUGUUUCGCGCCAGGAGAGGGCAUAGAGCUCUAUCUUCUCUUGUCUGCGCUCAUUCGGGAAUGAUAUGAAAGAUCUCCCCACCCGGCUCAAGAUAAGUUAAAUGUCAAAAUUGUCUACAGUCUGUGAUCAUUAAAACCAAGAGACUAUGAGUCUCUUGUUAAAACUCAUCGGCGUCACAAACAGUAUAAGGGACGAGGAUCCAACUCGCGACUGAGAUGUGAAUGGGUUAACUCUUUAAGACCCCAGUAUGAUCAACAUCUGAAUUUUUUCCCAAAAGUACUUCUACAUUGUUACGAGAAAAGAUUUCGUCAAUCAACGAAAUGAUUACCAAUAGGUAAAUGCUUUUUUUUAAAAUAAUUAUCUCGCCUUAUUCUUUAGAACGUUUCAGGGAACAAGAAGUUAGUGCCAUAAGGUUUAGAAGGUUUUUUUCUAUUUUGGUGGGCCUUCUGUAUCUGUGCGCAUGCUAACAUUUUUCCUACCAAUAGUUUAUCAACCCCGUUCUUAGGUUUGCAUCCUUCUCGUCUCCUGGGAACGAGGCUUAACUGAUGAAGAGAAGGGUUUAUUGUUUCGUUUUGUUACUUUAACAGAACCAUUGGAGUCGGCUUCUCCUCAUUGUGCGCUCGAAUUGGAGGAAUGGCAGCUCCUUACAUAGUGGUAAGCAAAAACACCAUACUAGAACUGUCCUGCACCAGGAGCUAGAAAGAAACUACAAUCAUAGACAAAAGUGUUGGGACAGUUGUACAGUUCCUCCCCCCUCCCCCCCGCUCCCACGGACAAUGUUGAAACGGUCAAGGUACAAUUUCUUUGAUCUCUCAACAUUGUAUUGGGUGGGGAAGGGGGAGGGGUUAUGGAUUUGUAAAAUAAUGGCACUGCUUGUUACGACAUUACUUGUGAUACACCUACACUGUAGAAUUGCAGUUGUGUUCUCACUGCCCCAGGGACCUUUGUCCAGGAUUGUAGUUUGCGUCCUGUGACAAAAGUGGCAUGAACAUUUGCACUGGCGUUUAGCAACCAAUUCAAAAACUGACGUGUAGCCCUUCGGUCGCCUCGGUGUUGUUGUGUAAGAGAGCGAAAUCAAAUUGCCCUGUUUAAAUAGUGGCAUUUAUUUCAAAAUCGAAACUCGCUUUUCCAUGAAACAAGUUUCUUGAAGGUACUAUACUUGGGGAACAAGGGAUGGCGCAGUGGUGAGAGCGCUCGCCUCCCACCAAUGAGGCCCGGGCUCAAAUCUCAGCGUCGACGCGAUAUGUGGGUUGAGUUUGUUGUUGGUUCUCUCCUUUGCUCCGAGAGGUUUUUCUCUGGGUACUCCGGUUUUCCCCUCUCCUCAAAAAUCAGCAUUUCCAAAUUCGAAUUCGACCAGGGAUCAGUUAGACGAAGAACCACUUUGUGGAUGUGCUACCUCCAAAUCAUUAUUUAUAUUUAAAAUCUGCGUCAUAAGCCCUUGACAUAUUCAAUGUUAUAAGCGGUAGUGGCUAGGCUAGUACACGGUGGUUACAUCUGGAGGGUCUUUAUCACCUGAGUAAGAUGUUAGUGUCGAAGUAGAUGAUGAGCCUUCAAUCAGGGAAUGAUGCAGAGGAUUAUAGCCGCGGUUUUUCUGUGACGAUCGUUUGUUACCUUCCCAUUACAGGACAGCACUCCGUUAGUCGUCCCUGCAAUUGUGUUUGGUGCUACGUCGUUUUCAGCUGGUCUCACCGCCAUGCUGCUACCUGAGACACGUGGAAAACCACUCCCAAAUUUUGUUGGAGAAGCAACUCCAGAUGACAAAGAUCUUAUACCACUGGUAGAAAGGAAAGAACCAGCUGGGGGCGACGUGUCUGUCUAGAGGACAGUUAACUCUUCUUCUUGAUGUAGGCCUUUUUAAAAAGGAUUCCAGACACCUAGACUUCUAGCGCGUUCAAACGUUUGAGACGUUUUCUUUUCAAUUAGCGGCAUUUCAUUUCCCAUUACAGUCGAGGCAGGUCAAGCUUA